AUGCAGGAGCAAACCAAAGGCUCAGGAAAGUCGUACACGAUGAUGGGAACGGCAGAGCAGCCGGGUCUGAUCCCACGCCUGUGCAGUUCUCUGUUCGAGCGCACCGUACAGGAGCAGAGGGAGGGCGAGUGCUUCACCGUGGAGGUGUCCUACAUGGAGAUCUACAACGAGAAGGUGCGAGACCUUCUAGAUCCCAAAGGGAGCCGGCAGGCGUUGAGGGUCCGGGAGCAUAACGUGUUGGGGCCGUAUGUAGAUGGUCUGUCCCGCCUCGCUGUGACCAGCUACAAGGACAUCGAGUCUCUGAUGUCAGAGGGGAAUAAAUCCCGCACUGUGGCGGCCACGAACAUGAACGAGGAGAGCAGCCGCUCGCACGCCGUCUUCAACAUCAUUCUGACGCACACGCUCCGAGACCUGAAGACUGGGGUGAGAUGCAGCUUGACCUCUUAUAGUCUGGAUAGUCAUUUGAUCAGCGUGUCGAACGCGUAUCGUGUUGGUGUUGAGGAUGAGGAGGGGUGUACGACGAAGGCCGGUCUUCCUGAGCAUCUGGAUGUGGAUGUAGACCGUCUCAGUCACGCCUCCAGUGACAACAGCUUCAGUUUUGAGUCCGCACAGACAGAAGUCAUGAUGAAAGCGCUGGGAAACAACGUGUCUGUCUCUGUGUGCAGCACAUGUGUGAACGGCGCUGUGGUCUCGUCUCCCGUCCAGCUGCAUCAUGGGGAUCGAAUCCUCUGGGGAAACAACCACUUCUUCAGGAUCAGCGUGUCGAACGCGUAUCGUGUUGGUGUUGAGGAUGAGGAGGGGUGUACGACGAAGGCCGGUCUUCCUGAGCAUCUGGAUGUGGAUGUAGACCGUCUCAGUCACGCCUCCAGUGACAACAGCUUCAGUUUUGAGUCCGCACAGACAGAAGUCAUGAUGAAAGCGCUGGGAAACAACGAGCCGCUGCAGUCGGUGCUUCACUCUCUGGAGCGCAGGCAUGAGGAGGAGAAGCGCUCGGCUCUGGAGCGACAGCGGCUGAUGUACGAGCAGGAGCUGCAGCAGCUGCGCAGAAGUCUGUCGACAGAGCUGCAGACGCAGGGCUCUCACCCGCAGCAGCAGCAGCAGCGCCUGGUCUCCUCUCAGAGCCCACUGCGCCAGUGGAGUGACGAGAGGGAAGUUUUGAUGAAUCAAAGUCUGCGUAAGCUCAAAGAUCAGAUCGUGAAGGCCAAUCUACUGGUUCAGGAGGCUGGAUUCAUCGCUGAAGAGCUCAACAAGAAAACCGAAUAUAAAGUCACACUGCAGAUCCCGGCUGCCAACCUCAACGCCAACCGCAAGCGGGACACGGUUCUGAGCGAGCCAGCGGUGGAGGUGAGGAGGAAGGGCAAAGGGAAGCAGAUCUGGUCCAUGGAGAAGAUGGAGAACCGGCUGCUGGACAUGAGAGAGCUCUACCAGGAGUGGAAAGACUAUGACGAGGACGAUCCUGCCAUGCGUUCCUACUUCAAGCGCGCCGAUCCGUUCUUCGACGAGCAGGAGAAUCACAGUCUGAUCGGUGUGGCAAACGUCUUCCUGUCCUGUCUGCUGUAUGACGUCAAGCUGCAGUACGCAGUGCCCAUCAUCAGCCAGAAGGGGGAGGUGGCAGGUCGUCUUCACGUAGAAGUCGAGCGUCUGAGUGGAGAACUGGAAGAGCGUGAGACGGGGGUCUCUGAGAGCAGUCCAGACGGCGAGACGCAAGAACGCAAACUCAUCUGCAUGCUCAAGGUGUUGCAGGCGACUGGAUUGCCUCAGCACCUCUCAAACUUCGUUUUCUGUCAGUAUCAUUUCUGGGAGCAGCAGGAGCCCGUGUUUAUCGCCCCGGAAGUGGGUCUGACGGCCCCCAGCAGCAGAGAGCCGCAGAGUCUGGUGGUGUUUGAUAACUGCAAGACUCUAGAAGUGGCCGUGACUGAAGACUUUCUGGAGUUUCUGAUGGACGGCGCCGUGGCUGUUGAGGUUUAUGGUCACAGACAGGCGAAUCCGCGCAGGAAUCUGGCUCUCUGGGACCUGGGGGUGAUUCAGGCAAAGACUCGCUCUCUCAGAGAGAGCCAGAAAUUGUUCUUUGUGAGUUUAGUCUCUAUAAACAUGAGCAGUCAGAGAAAUUCAGACAUUGAAAGUGGUUCAGAGGAACGGGACACGGUUCUGAGCGAGCCAGCGGUGGAGGUGAGGAGGAAGGGCAAAGGGAAGCAGAUCUGGUCCAUGGAGAAGAUGGAGAACCGGCUGCUGGACAUGAGAGAGCUCUACCAGGAGUGGAAAGACUAUGACGAGGACGAUCCUGCCAUGCGUUCCUACUUCAAGCGCGCCGAUCCGUUCUUCGACGAGCAGGAGAAUCACAGUCUGAUCGGUGUGGCAAACGUCUUCCUGUCCUGUCUGCUGUAUGACGUCAAGCUGCAGUACGCAGUGCCCAUCAUCAGCCAGAAGGGGGAGGUGGCAGGUCGUCUUCACGUAGAAGUCGAGCGUCUGAGUGGAGAACUGGAAGAGCGUGAGACGGGGGUCUCUGAGAGCAGUCCAGACGGCGAGACGCAAGAACGCAAGCUCAUCUGCAUGCUCAAGGUGUUGCAGGCGACUGGAUUGCCUCAGCACCUCUCAAACUUCGUUUUCUGUCAGUAUCAUUUCUGGGAGCAGCAGGAGCCCGUGUUUAUCGCCCCGGAAGUGGGUCUGACGGCCCCCAGCAGCAGAGAGCCGCAGAGUCUGGUGGUGUUUGAUAACUGCAAGACUCUAGAAGUGGCCGUGACUGAAGACUUUCUGGAGUUUCUGAUGGACGGCGCCGUGGCUGUUGAGGUUUAUGGUCACAAACAGGCGAAUCCGCGCAGGAAUCUGGCUCUCUGGGACCUGGGGGUGAUUCAGGCAAAGACUCGCUCUCUCAGAGAGAGGUGGAGUGAAGUGACCCGCAGGCUGGAGCUCUGGGUUCAGAUCCUGGAGCUGAAUGAUGCUGGAGAGUUUGUGCCGGUGGAGGUUCAGCCAGCUAAGGACGUCUGCACAGGAGGAAUCUUUCAGCUUAAACAGGGUCAGUCCAGGCGUGUUCAGGUGGAGGUGCGUUCGGUCCAGGACUCCGGCACCAUGCCUCUAAUCACUGAGUCUGCGCUCAACAUCUCCAUCGGCAAUGUGGAGGUCCAUCAGACUCGAUCUGGCAAAAGCACAGAGACCCAGAGGGUGGGAGAUAAAGAUGUGGACAGUUAUCAGGAGGUUGAUCUGGAGAGACUGAGGGCCCGGUGGCUCACGGCUCUGACUGAACGACAGGAAUAUCUGGACCAACGUCUCCAAAAACUCGUCAGCAAGCAAGAUAAGUCAGAAGAGGAUGUGGAGAGCGAGUCUCAGCUGCUGGAGUGUCGUCUGACGCUGACAGAGGAGAGAAACGCUGUGCUGGUGCCCUCUGCUGGGAGUGGUAUCCCAGGAGCCCCGGCGGAGUGGGUUCCUGUGCCAGGAAUGGAGACCCACACCCCAGUCAUCUUCCUGGACCUCAGCGCUGAUGAUUUCCAUGAUCAUCUGUCCGCUCCUCUAGCUGGAGGUCUGGAUGCUGCGCUCGACAGAGAAGAUAAAGAUGAUUUCAUGGACUUACAGAUAGUCAAACACAAUGAGAAUGAGGUGAAGGCAGAGGCAUCAUGGGACUGCACCGUUCAUGACAGCCCUGAGCUGAAUCGAGCGACGGGGCCGGAUCAGAGGAUUUACCUCAGCGUCCGCACCAUCGUUCUGCUCAGUCAUCCCGCACAAAUGCAGCUGGUGCUACGCAAGCGCAUCUGCGUGAACCUCACCGGACGACAGGGUUUUGCUCAAAGUCUGCUGAGGAGAAUGUCUCACCGCAGCUCAGUUCACAGCUGUGGAGUCACAUUUGAGAUAGUCUCAAAUAUCCCAGGGGACAUUCAGAGCUUUGAGGACCGAGAGAUGCUCGCCCGACUGGCUGCCAGCACCGACAACCCAGGAGCGGAAAGUGAAGCCGCCAUCGAGAAAUACCUGCGGAGUGUGUUAGCGGUGGACAACAUCCUCACGCUGGACCAUCUCAGACAGGAGGUUUCUGUGAGGGAACAUCUGACAGAUAAAGGAAAGAUUCCCAAACGCUGCCUCAGUUCACCCAAUGUACACCGGCUCUCUGGCAGUAGGAAAGAUCUGUCCAGCAGCCAAGACUCAGAAGACAAUAAAAGUGGUUGGGACAGUCGGCAGGAGAUUUCUAUGCUAACAUCAGCCACAAAGAGUCCAUCUCACUCAGCGUCAAUACAAAAUCAAAACUCGGAGCCAGGUAACUGUCCUCAUCCUCUUCUGCUGUCCACGUUUCCCUUCACAGGUCUCUCAGGAUUUGCUGCAUCUUAUUUCUCCCCAGUGAAAGCUCUAGUGUCUCCAGUACCCAAGAUGUUCAAGACUCUGUUAUCCAAGAAAGAGGAGAAGAAAGAGAUGCCUCCUCCUGCUGUCUUUGAGCAGAAUGUGCCACGUAUUAUUGUGCAGUCUGCCAGUCUUGAAGACAUCAACAGCUAUGAACUGACUCCACAGGGUCCAUCAAAAGAAACUGCUCAAGACAGCCAAUCAGAAUCUGCUUCCUUUGUGCCCAUAUUCCCGGUUAUUCCUGAUAAAGUAGAGACCACUGAAGCAUCCACCAUAUCCUCAGAAACCACGUCUGACAUCCAGAUAAGCCAUGCUAUGGAAACCCCAAUUUCAGAGAAUGUUGAGGAGAUUCUACGUCCUCAAGAAGUUGAAGUUCCACCUCUUUCUGUUCCUCCAGUGGUUGAGGAAGUUCUACCUUCUAAUCUUUCUCCAGAGGUUGAGGUUCCACCUCGUAAUUCUCCUUCAGAGGCUGAGGAGGUUCUACCUCCAUCUGUUCCUCCAGUAGUUGAGGAAGUUCCACCUCGUAAUUCUCCUUCAGAGGCUGAGGAGGUUCUACCUCCAUCUGUUCCUCCAGUAGUUGAGGAAGUUCCAGCUCCUAAUCUUUCUUCAGAGGUUGAGAAGGUUCUACCUUCAUCUGUUUCUCCAGAGGCUGAGGAGGUUCUACCUCCAUCUGUUCCUCCAGUAGUUGAGGAAGUUCCAGCUCCUAAUCUUUCUUCAGAGGUUGAGAAGGUUCUACCUUCAUCUGUUUCUCCAGAGGCUGAGGAAGUUCUGUCUCCGUCUGUUUCUGCAGAGGUCAGAGAGGUUCCGCCUCUUUCUGUUUCUCAAGGACUCAAAGAGUCUCUACCUCCUACUGUUUCAUCUGAGAUUAAGGAGGUUUCACCUCCUGGUCCUGUAGAGGUAGAAGACCCCAAGCAAAGUCCAGUUGGUGAUUCAACAAACAGCUCCAUCAGCGAUGUCUCAAGUGGAUACAUCUCCACAAGUGUCUCCAUAAUGACUCUCUCUGAGUGUGCGGUCUCGAAUGUUAAUCCUCCUCUCCUCGACAGCACAGAGGCCAAAAUAGACUCUACUUCCAAAAAGACUGAACCAAAAACAGAGUUUGUGCCAAUAAGCAACACGUCCCGGGAGCAUCAGUCAAAACUUGAACCAGCUGACCUAGAACUUGGAGAACAGACACCUACAGAAUCCCAGACAUCAGAAGAACAUGAUCAAGUGUCUCCUCUAGAUGCGUCUCCUCAAAAAAUCCUCAGUGUUUCUGAUUCCUUACCUCAAGAAACCUCUGAAGCCAGCAUCUCUUCAUCUUGUUCAGCCGCAUCAGUACCAUCUACGCCAUUAGCACCACCAGCUGCCUCAAAAGCAUCUGAUCCAUCAGUACCGGUGAAGACAGCUAAGCCAUCAGAGCCUACCCAGCAAUCAAGACCUGAACAAAACGUCAAACCCACUCCUCCCACCUCCAACCCUUUCCAAAUCCACAGAGUCAAGACCUCCGGCCUAAAGUCUUUCAAAGGGAUCCUGCCUGAAGAAGAGGAAGAGUGUAAAACUAAACACAAUUACUUUUCAUCUGCACUGAGCGAGUCUCAAGAAAGACUGGAGAUCCUUUCUGAUUCAGAGGAAAGCCUUGAGACUCCCGACUGGCUGAAGGAGGGGGAAUACGUCACUGUGGGCACCAAUAAAACUGGAACAGUCCGUUACGUCGGACCAACUGACUUUGCAAAGGGCGUUUGGGUUGGAGUGGAACUUGAUGUUCCAGCAGGUAAAAACGAUGGUUCGGUCGGCGGUCGCCAUUACUUCCACUGCAACCCUGGUUACGGUGUUCUUGUGAGACCAAAUCGAGUUGUAAAAGCGACGGGUACCGCUAAACGGUCGAGACAGAAACGCAAUCAGAACCUCUCGGGAUCUAGUCCCAACCUGGCAGCCCUUACAGCGAUGGCCAAAGGAGAAGCUGGAGCACGCAAGGGUGAAAACAGGAAGUCUUGGGUUAGCUGAGGAAAAUGCAUCAUUGUUGAUGGACGUGUACGGAGGACAGUAUUGGUAUGGCACUGAAACACUACACUGAUACUUGCAGGGAUGUAACUGCCACCUGAUUUACGCAUAUCUACACUGCAUAGUGCCUAGUGUUCGAAAAGCCCAUGUUAGAGGUGUAUUUUCAGCCUCGGUAAGCAGUAUUUUUGGUAUUAUUCUUUUUUUUUUUUAUGUUUUUAAUAUCAUAAAGUGCCCCGCUUAUCUGAACCCAAUGUCAGGGAGUAUGUCCAUGUGGUUGUUCCCUAGAAAAAUCAGGACACUGAUGGAUUCAUUUCAUGAUUUUAUAUACAGUAGGAAGGCUAGAUGGGAUUUACUUGUGGAGAUAAAAAGCUCCAGACAGUUUUAUUCAUAAAUGAUUGUUUUUAGUGUUAUUAUGGUGAGUUGGUUCUGUAUUUUCUCUUGGUUUGGUACCUUUGAAUUAUUGUUUUUCUUCUUCUUGAACGGAGUAAUUUAUGAUCAAAGUAUUUAUUUUGCAGAUCGAAGUAAUGACAAAAGAUUAUGUUGAAGAUUUUAUAUUGCAAUGGUGAGAGUAAUAAACUUUAUUAUUUUAUUAUCUUGCCUUUAAACGUCUGCAUGAAAUCGUAGAUCUUAUAUUCUAUAUUUAAAACGCAGUCUUGAAAGAAUAAAAUCACAUGGCUGAUCAUCAAUAUACCUUUAUUUUCCAGAAGAUAAAGUACUAAAAUAAACACAAGUUUUAAAAAAAGUCAUUUUAAACAAAGAGACUGUACAAAAAGUUCAUAUAUACUAUAGUAUACUUACAGAACAGUCUACUGUCCAAAAAAGGCACUAAAUUCUUAAAUGGGAGAUACAGAUGAUUCACAACAGAAUGCUUUGAAAUCAUAGACUUAUUUGAUUCAAACAAUCUUUAAAUUCAUAGUUACUGUCUUCUGUUUAUUUAUACAGUUGCUUUUAUAGGCCUAUAGAUUUUUUUGUUUAUAGACAUGAAAACUAAAUGGAAAGCACCCCAUUUAAACCAGCGGGGUUGGCGUUCGUUGCUCUGGAUUAAAACACUUGAGGCAACAGAACGAGUCAUUCGUAGUAUCUGUAUGUCACUGUGAGAUCAUGUAAAUGUCAAUACUUGACGUCAUACUGCAGUUUGGCACAUUCUGUCAUGUGUACAAAGAGGCUCUAAUGACACACAGACGUGGACAAGUCGUUUCCUUAGUUUGAAAUACAACUGUAAAAGCACAUUUGAACAUUACAGCAUUAGAAAACGACCUGUAACAAACUUAUAUUACAAAAAAUGUGGCAAAUAAAGUAGUGUUUCUUGAGUGAAGGGGGUGCAUGAUCUGAAUCAGACACACUUCAGGAGACUGCUCUGAACAUAAAAACGGUGUAAAACAAUCAAAUAAAAAAAGAAUCUUGAAUUAUUAUUAAGCAAAAAUUGUCAUUUUAUAAAUAUCAAUUGUACACAGGAAGAAUCGAGGAAGGAUACAUAAAAAAAAAAACUAGGCUUCAUUCAUGACACAGGCAGAAGCAGUUUCUGUUAGCUGUUUGUAAAACCAUUCUUAUGUCAUUAGUCGCUUUAUGCAAGCGUUGCAUUGAGUUUGUGAUCAUUUAUGUAAGAACGGCUCUACGAAUGAGUCGUUCUGCUCGUUUCAAUGAAUGAAGCCCAGCGAGUGAAUAGUUAUUUUAGAACCUUUUUGAAUAAAAUAAGCUACAUUUUGGAACCAAGCUUAUGUUAGAUGAGAGUUAGACUCUCAGAGUUGUGUGGCAGCAGAACAAACAUUUAUCAGUCAGUCUCUCGUGAACGAUUAACACUGUGAAAUUCUGAUGUCAUUUCACAAUAUUAAUAAAAGUUCUUGGGAGUUCGCACAUGUUAUAAUUCUGACUGCUGACAACUUGAGCCAGUAUUUCACAUUGACGUAUUUUCGUUCUAAACAUCAUGAGAGCAGAUGCUUCGGUCUUGACUCUUUGCGUGAAAUCUUUGCACGUAAAUAAAAACGUAAAAGCUAAAUAAAUACAAACGUAAGAAUAGCGCUUUAAUGCAUAUUCACUUUGGGUAAUGCUGGACACUUAACGGUUUAAAAUUAAGAAAGCUAGCGGUCUGCCCACUGAAGUCUCUUUUUGCAGGUUCAUUUAGAGUCCAGGAGACUUGCGCUUUGGCGGUUAUGUAACCACAUCUUUCAAGUUUCACUACAAUUAUAUUUCACCCCUCCCCCCGCCCCAUUUGAACAUAAUUCAAAUCAAAGUACAGUGUAAUGCAAUUGGAUGAAUCUAAAAAAAAAAAAAAA